UAUUAGAUAGCUCUGUCAUUAUCAUACUCGAUAUUUUUUACUCUGAUCAAAAUCGGAAUUUCUAACUAAAAUGGAAGAUGCUUAUAUGAAACCUAAAGAGGAAGUUGUAAAAUAUUUUGGAGUGUCUGAAAGUCUUGGUUUGACAGCUGAACAAGUCAAAAGAAAUCGGAAAAAAUAUGGACCGAAUGAAUUGCCUGCCGAGGAAGGCAAAUCUCUGUGGCAACUUGUUGUGGAACAGUUUGAAGAUCUUUUAGUUAGAAUUUUACUUUUGGCUGCGGUCAUAUCUUUUGUUCUUGCAUUGUUUGAAGAAGGAGAAGACACUGUUACAGCAUUUGUUGAACCUUUCGUAAUAUUACUAAUUCUCAUUGCAAAUGCUAUUGUUGGCAUAUGGCAGGAAAGAAAUGCUGAAAGUGCCAUCGAGGCUUUAAAAGAAUAUGAACCUGAGCUAGGAAAAGUUCUUCGAAGCGACAAGGCUACAGUACAGAGAAUUCUUGCAAAAGAUAUUGUACCUGGUGACAUUGUUGAGGUUGCUGUUGGCGACAAGGUUCCAGCGGACAUCAGACUGAUUCAAAUUAAAUCAACAACGCUCAGGGUUGAUCAAGCAAUUCUUACAGGUGAAAGUGUCAGUAUCAUCAAACAUACCGAUGCAGUGCCUGAUCCAAGGGCUGUCAAUCAAGACAAAAAGAACAUGCUUUUCUCGGGCACCAAUAUUGCUUCGGGAAAAGCAGUUGGUGUUGUUGUAGGCACUGGCAGUAAUACAGAAAUUGGAAAAAUUCGAGAUGAAAUGGCAGAGACUGAAUCUGAAAAAACACCACUGCAGCAAAAAUUAGAUGAAUUUGGUGAACAGCUUUCAAAGAUUAUCACCAUUAUAUGCAUUGCUGUGUGGGCUAUCAACAUCGGCCAUUUUAAUGACCCCAUUCAUGGAGGUUCAUGGCUUAAAGGAGCUAUUUAUUAUUUCAAGAUCGCAGUUGCUCUGGCUGUUGCAGCAAUUCCCGAGGGUCUGCCUGCAGUGAUUACGACCUGCCUUGCUCUUGGUACACGUAGGAUGGCCAAGAAGAACUCAAUUGUACGAAGUUUACCCUCCGUUGAAACUCUAGGAUGCACAUCUGUUAUCUGCUCUGAUAAAACAGGGACCCUAACCACCAAUCAGAUGUCAGCGUGUCGGAUGUUUGUUGUCGAUAGCAUAGCAGGAGAUGACGACAUCAAAUUCCGACAUUAUUCUAUCAGUGGAUCAACUUAUGAACCUCGUGGUGAAGUCACCAAAAAUGGAAGACCAGUAAACGCUGGAGAUUGUGAUGCUUGUGUGGAAAUGGCAACAAUUUGUGCCCUUUGUAAUGAUUCAUCACUCGACUAUAAUGAGGCAAAGGGAGUUUAUGAAAAAGUUGGAGAAGCUACUGAAACCGCUUUGACCGUUUUAUGUGAAAAACUCAACGUCUUCGACACAGAUGUGUCACGAUAUUCUAAGCAUGACAGAGCUAAUGCCUGCAAUGAAAAAAUCAAAAAAUUAAUGGAAAAAAAGUUUACUCUUGAAUUUUCUCGCGAUCGCAAAUCUAUGAGUGUUUAUUGUGUACCAUGUGACACUACUAUGGGAACUGGACCAAAAAUGUUUGUAAAGGGAGCUCCAGAAGGUAUGCUUGAUCGUUGUGCUUAUGUACGAAUCGGAAAGAAACGUCAACCAAUGACUCCCGGAUUAAAAGAUCAUAUACUACAGCUUGUGGCUGAAUAUGGUACUGGACGUGACACACUUCGCUGCCUUGCACUGGCAACUAUUGAUGACCCUGUGGAUCCAAAGGACAUGGAUCUUGUCGACUCCACAAAAUUUAUUAAUUAUGAAUCUUAUAUGACAUUUGUCGGUAUUGUUGGUAUGCUCGACCCACCUCGUGUGGAAGUUUUCGAUGCUAUCCAGCAAUGCAGAAGUGCGGGAAUUCGAGUAAUUGUCAUAACUGGUGACAACAAAGCAACAGCAGAGGCAAUCUGUCGUCGCAUUGGGGUUUUUGAUGAACAUGAAAACACAGAGGGCCUUUCAUUCACCGGACGAGAAUUUGAUGAUUUAACUUCAGAAGAACAAAGACAGGCUUGUCUUAGAGCUAGAUUGUUUGCUCGUGUUGAGCCUGCUCACAAAAGUAAAAUCGUUGAAUAUCUGCAAGCAAAUGGGGAUGUCACUGCCAUGACUGGUGAUGGUGUGAAUGAUGCUCCUGCAUUAAAAAAAGCUGAAAUUGGAAUUGCAAUGGGUAGUGGGACUGCUGUUGCAAAAACCGCUUCAGAAAUGGUUCUUGCUGAUGAUAACUUCUCAUCUAUUGUAUCAGCUGUGGAGGAAGGCCGAGCAAUUUAUAAUAAUAUGAAGCAGUUUAUUAGAUAUCUUAUUUCAUCUAAUAUUGGUGAGGUUGUAUGCAUCUUUCUUGCUGCUGCUCUUGGUGUUCCAGAAGCCCUUAUACCUGUGCAACUUUUAUGGGUCAAUCUUGUUACUGAUGGUCUGCCUGCAACUGCACUAAGCUUUAAUCCUCCCGAUCUGGACAUCAUGGAUAAAAAACCUCGAUCUACCAAAGAUACCCUCAUUAGCGGUUGGCUCUUGUUCAGAUAUUGUGUCAUUGGAAUUUAUGUCGGCUGUGCCACUGUCGGUGCUGCAUCAUGGUGGUUUCUUUCAGCUGAGUCUGGUCCUCAUAUGACUUACUGGCAGUUGACUCAUUACAUGACAUGUUCCACUGAUUCGGAAAAUUUCAAGGGAAUUGAUUGUAAAAUAUUUGAGGAUCCUCAUCCAAUGACGAUGGCUUUGUCUGUUCUUGUUACAAUUGAACUUUGCAAUGCCCUGAACAGUGUAUCUGAGAACCAGUCGUUGUUGAAAAUGCCUCCUUGGCAAAAUAUGUGGUUGAUAGGAGCUAUCAUUUUGUCCAUGGCUCUACAUUUUAUGAUUUUACAUGUUGAUCCUUUGCCGAUGGUUUUCCAAAUCUGCCCAUUGAACUGGGCUGAGUGGCGAAUGGUACUCAAUAUAUCUCUGCCUGUAAUUCUAAUUGAUGAAGCGUUGAAAUACAUAGCGAGAGAAUAUGUAGAAGGUACUGAUGAGAAAAUCAUUAAGAAGAUUAAGUAAUUGUUUGAUAAAUAUAGAAGUUGCGUGAUAAAAUAUCAUGUGUGAUCAGUGAAGUCAAAAAUCAAAACUAUAUCUUUAAAUUAUAUGAAUAUCAUGAACUUUAUGUUCUGAAUUUUUGCUGGUUCAAAUUUAGAUAAUCUAAUAUUCUUGUGAAAAGCUUUUUCUAUUUUUGUAAUCCGAUAUUCAUUUUGACUUGUUUUCAUUGAUAUUCAAUUAUCUGAACUUUGAUUUUAAAAUUUAAAUUUCGGUUUUAAAGCUGCUUCUUUCAUGGUAGGUCUAUUUUGAUCAUUAUUUUGAAAGGUGCUUCUACUUUAUAUUGCUAGACUAUUAGGCUGAAAAUAUUGAAUAAAUACGUUUGUCCUACCUUUACAGUUAUGUAUUUUAUAGAGAAUAUUUUUCUUGUUAUAUAUAUUAUUUAUGUAUGCAUGACACAUUUUGUCUUUGUGCUGCUGUAUGACACGGAAGUCAUCAUUUCAUUUCAAAAUUACAUGUUUUGACAUGUA